GGCAUUUGAAAUAAACAGUGCUGUGGACUCAGUAUUAUUCGUUGGAAAACAAAGAAACAACGAUAAAUAAGAGAAUCGCUACACGAAGUGCCAAUAUGAAUGAAGAUUGGGAACAGGUGACUCCGUUCAUACAAGAAAUGCAACACUGUGCUGAUGAUGACUACUUUAAUCCCCAAGAGUUGCUGAGUGGAAGUGGGCAAACCACAUCUGGAAGUGCCCAAUCACCUGCGCCUGCUAACAUCAGUUCUACUUCAUCGGGCACACUGGUGGGAAAUGCAAAUAACAGUGGACCUUCAAUAAGUCCUGGAUGUGGGUCAGCAACAGGUGUUCCAAGUGGUGCGAUAAGUCCCGGCGCGCAAUCACAGAAUUCAAACGCAGCCGCCGCACCAAUGCAAUCAUGUUGUGAAAAUGGGCGACCAAUUAUGACCGAUCCUGUGUCCGGACAAACCGUUUGCUCAUGUCAAUAUGAUUCAGCGAGACUGGCAUUAUCCGGCUACUCCCGCAUACCUUCGGCUGGCGUUAGCGUUUACGGAGCGCCUUAUCCAUCAACGGAUCAAAAUCCGUAUCCAUCAAUUGGUGUAGAUAGUUCUGCUUUCUAUUCACCACUGAGUAAUCCAUAUGGCCUAAAAGAUAGUGGGCCCCCCGGUACUGAUAUGGGUGCGUGGACAUCAGCAGGACUUCAACCAACUACAGGAUAUUAUCCGUAUGAUCCAGCGCUAGCUGCCUAUGGAUAUGGUGCUGGGUAUGAUUUGGCUGCACGUCGGAAAAAUGCGACUCGUGAAUCGACAGCAACACUCAAAGCGUGGCUUAAUGAACACAAAAAGAAUCCUUAUCCAACAAAAGGAGAAAAGAUUAUGUUAGCAAUCAUCACAAAAAUGACACUAACACAAGUUUCAACGUGGUUUGCGAACGCGAGACGACGAUUGAAAAAAGAAAAUAAGAUGACAUGGGAGCCGAAGAAUAAACAGGAUGACGAUGAUGCAAUGAUUUCCGAUGAUGAAAAAGAUAAGGAGGAUUCCGACAUGGAUAAAAAUCGUGAUCACAAAGACUUGCAUAGAGUGAAAUCCGAACAUUGUAAAGACGAGGACGAUGACGAUAUCACUGAUGACGAACGCAAAGGUGAACAAAUACUUAACCAUCCAGGUGCAAUGCAAUCGGCGAACUAUCACCGAGAAUUUUUCAAUGUGACAGGUCAACAUCAUCUACAACAUCCGCCUUAUCACCAUCAUCAUGCAAUGUUGAGUGCAUGGAGUGCUAGUGGAGGAAUAAAAGAAGAAAUGGUACCUGGUUCAAAAAACCAAGCAAGCAGCGACUGUGGCAUCCCUCUUCCAGCAUCGAAGCCGAAAAUAUGGAGCUUAGCAGACACAGCCGCUUGCAAGACCCCACCUCCAAUAGUACAAUCACAACACGGCGCCUGGAUGACAAAUCCAUACCAUCAUUCUCAUACGCAUCCCCACAGUUCACACAAUCCACAUUCGCAUCAAAGUGGCGAUCUCAGUUCGAUGAUAAUGGGCAACUCUCCGACAAACCCUAUCGGCAACACUGCACUACAAGCGAGCGGAUCGAAUUCAAUUCAGAACUCCAGUCAUCUGCACAAUACUCUACAGCACCAGGCUUCGAAUCCGCAAGCAAUGGCCGGAAGUUAUACCAACAAUCCUUAUUCUCGGGGUUAUACACAGGGGUUUCUAACUUACAAUACGAACAAUACAAUACCUCACAAUACGAACAAUACAAAUACGCAGCAUCAAAUGCAGCAUCCUACGCUCAGCAAUUCCAACAAGAACAGCAAUACCAAUUCAACCAGCAGCAACUCAAAUAUUCAAAAUCUGACGACCCCACAACAACAUCAACAACAGCCGAUGGGGUUUCAAGAAGCCCAAACCGAUUUUGGAAGCCAAAUCAGUUUGACGUCCCUUAGAAAUCAAAAUGAUUUGACAUCAUUGAGACAAAUUGCUUUAACACCACCUCAAACUCCACCAAAUCUGAAGAGCAACGUGUCGCACUGGAACGAAAGCGUAAAUAAUAAUCAAAAUAGUGGAUAUCAAGACAAUGCUGCGUUCAAACCAUUUUAUAAGAGUGGUCAAAUGAACAACGGGUUUGUUGCACCAGUCUGAAGUUGCCGUUCAUGAGAAAUAAUAAUCAUUGUAUGUGGAUCGAAAUCUAACGAACAUCAUAUUCAAAAAGGUUCGUCAAUUCUGCUUAAAAUAUUCAUAAUGUCAUCAACUUUAAAGUCGAAAACAUAUUUCUACCACAAUAAACCAUUUACUUUUGCUGAAAUUAUAUUGCGAUAUUUAAUAAAUGAACGCUUCAAUUGCAUGAGGUUAAUUUUGAGGCUUAAUUUCUAUGUAUCUUUCUAAAUGACCUAACGAAGAUAACCUAUACCGGAAAUGUAUGUAUAUUAUGGUGUUAAAUCUAUGUGUAUGGUAACUUGGGCGAACACGUCGGGAAUCUAGAAAUUGAGUUGAUAGAAAAAAAAAGUAUCAAAUUAAUAGAUUUAUUCUGUGUGAUUUGGUCGUAUGCAUGUAAAUCACAUCGCUAUUGAACAAAUCUUUGGUCCGUAGUAAUGAACAGCUACACCGUAUAAAUUCGAUGGUAAAUGUACCAUCAAGUGAACGUGACUCAAACGACCAAAAUUGCUAGAUCAAACCGAGAUGGAAUUUUUCGACGUAUAUUUCUUAUUCUUUUUAGUUUGACAUCAUUUAUGGGACUAAACACGGUUUUCUUUUAAGUGCUCGGUUUCCUUUUUUCGGUUUGUCCGUCAUUGCGUUUUGUCUUCCCUUCGCUCAACGUCAACUCAUAUAGAAAAGUUAUAAAAUAGAUUGUUGACAGUUUUUCGACUAAUUUAAAUAAUAAGGCGAUGCUUUCUAUGUCAUUUGUUUGGUCAUUUAACAGGUUAGAUAGGGAACGAGAUGAGAAGAGACUGUGUGAUAAGCUAACGAUAAAUAAAUUCAAAAACAGAACCUUAGUUUGCUUCAUUACCCAGAACAGAGGUUAGCAACGUAUCUUUUUCGUAUAUCAUCCUUCGUUUUUGGUUCGACGACUGAAUUCAUUGAAUUUUAGAGAUUCAUUGAUUCGAUUACAAGAUGCACAGCUUUCAAAAUGUUCUUCUACGGAGGAUGUACACUUUUCGGAUUCAUUUAGCGUUUGCAAGCGUAACAUCAUUCGCAUACACGCAUGCUGAAUCUCGUAUGCGUAUAGUGAACGGAUCAUCUUUCAAUAUAUCGUUCCAUUCUUUUACGUUCAAUAGACAGUCAAAUAUUUAUCUGCUUCCAUUUCAACCGUAUCAUUUAUUAUUUCCCCUGUCAUUUUCUCACAUCAAUGUGUGAAAUUUCUCAGACGAAUGAAAUGUGUAAUGAAAUAGUGUGUAUGAUUUCGAACAAAUUGAGUAUAUUAUUGCAUAGAUCUCAAAAAAUUGAAUGGAACAUAAAAGUUGGAAUUCAAAGCAAUGGAUAACUUUCAUUUGUUGAAGGAAAUCUGUUAAAUUUGUAAAUAAAUGCUGAAAGUGAAUUUCCAAAAGACAAAACAAAUGAACUAAAAUAAUCAGUUCGUUUGAUAUUGUCCGUCAAAGCAUCGCAUCGCACAGAACCAUCAUAUCGGGUUGUCGUAGCUAUUCUUGUUUUAUCUUACAUCAUGAAUCUUUUCUAUUUUAUCGAUAUCUCUGAUAAAAUUUGCUGUUAUACCUUGCUUCGACAUGUAUCGUUGGAAAACAUAAAAUAAAAUUAAUGAGAGGAAACGUCAAAUGCGACGAAAAAACGAGGUAUAAAAUCGAUGAUAGAUUAAAAUCUCACUCAACUCGUCCAUCAAUGUCGUUUUAGGUGCCGAUAGCAAAAUCAUUAAUGUUUGUGUUCUUUCAAAGAUUGCGGUUAACGUACCACGCAUAUAUUGGUCUUUCUCUCCCUCUCUCUCUUUACGACCAUUUCUUUCUUCGUGUUGACCACACAAAAAUACUAAAAACAUGAUCUCAUCCCAUACGAAUUUCAUUCUAUCUUCUUACUUCUUUUUUGAAAUAAAAAAGAACGAUACGUUCGUUCUUUCCUGACCGUGUUUUUUUGACACCGCUUAAAAAUCAAAUUAAUUUUACAGAUAAAGACUAUUAAUAAUAUCUCUGUUUAAGAGACUUUAUCCGCUGCUGCUGCUGUUUUUGGUCCAUGCCUUUUCGUUCAACGCAAUUUUUGUUUUUAUGUGUCGUUCCACCGUCGCCUUCGGACGCUAACAUUUCUUGGUUUUCGUUCAUUUGGUCAUUUUUCACAAUUGUCUGUUCGCGUGUUUCUGAAUACGGGCUCCAGCUAUUUGCACAGUCCGAGUACAUAUGACCACGAGAUCAUUGAUUGUAGGUUGUGAUAAAACCUGAAGAAAAAAAAACAAAGGAUCAGCGUUCAUUCAUAAAAUUGAAUCAUACGAAACAAAAUAAACAAGAUACAGAACCUCAGGACUACAAAAAAAAAUCAAUUUGUAACAGCGCGUCAUUUUUUAUUUGUGCAACGUAUAAACAAUACGGAGUUAGCAUGUUCGAAAAUCGAAAUUUAAAUUCUGAAACUCAGCAUACACCCAUUGUACAUGUAUUGCAAUACUCUACGUCUGAUUUUAGUCUCUUCAAAUUUAUUGAAGAAAUAAAGAAACCAAGCUGAAGCAAAUAAAAUUAUCAGCAAUUUUCAAUUCAGAGGACCCAUACCGAAUGGAUGCAAUAGUAGCGUAAAUAAUAUAAACGACUACUUGUACCUGUUCUUGAUCUUCUCAAUGUGAAUAUACAAAAUAAACUAUUGAAAUAAAUAAAUGUAUGGUAUGCUACAACAAGCGAGGUUAAAGAUAAAUUGACAUAAAGAUUAAUACAUGGUACAUGUUUAAAAUAUGCGUGGGUAUAUUUUGCCAUUUGCUUCUCUUGAUUUCAAAGAGCUGAACAAAUAUGUCAUGUAAUUUACCGAUUUUCACUCCGUCUUCCUUAUGUUUUUAUAUAAUAGUUUUUGGUUAUCAUAUAAUUAAAAAUAAUCGAUUCACUUCAACUUCCAGUAGAGAAAUUAUGCGUAAACACUUCAAAUCAGUCUCGGAACCCAUAAAUAAUUUGGUUAUUAUAUUUUUUUCUAAAGAAAGUGCAUCUAGUAAGUAUAAGUAGAGACACUUCGAAGAGUAAAGAAAUAAUCAGCGGUAAAUGUAUUAUACGCAAUCGUUCAAAACUUCUAUUCGAACUAAAUGUGCCCCCAACAUCGUCUUUUAUAAAAAAAACUAAUUCAAUUAUAAUACAACGAAGAAAAUUAAUUCUUUUUCCAUUCUUAUCUCUUUUAUAGGGAACGUUUUAAAUCGGAACAACGAGUUUUGCGGGUAAAUACGUCGUGUGCGUUUCGAGCCUAAACGUAAAAAACAACAACAACAACAACAAUACUAUCAGUUUAAGUUUGUGUGAACAUUGUAAUCUACGCAGAUCAAUUCAGUGAUGUGUGCUACUCCAUAAAUAUGCUUCAAUAUAAUGAGAGAGAAAAAUAGUUGAGGAUAAAAAUAUAUGAUCACGAAUACGAUUUGGCUUAUAGAUUCUAACUGCAAUCUAAACACAUCAUCUUAUAAUUUUAAUACCAGCUGAUUAGAACUUAUUUCUCUUGUUCAUUGGUUUCAAUGUCAACGCAAAUAUUGAAUGAAUAAUUAUUUGAUUUGAUUAUGAAUAUUUUGGUGAAAGAAUGCAUGUUAUUUGCGAAAAAAAAACCAUGAAAGUGUAAAAGAGAGAAAAACGGAAAAAGAUACACUGUAAAUAGAAAAUAUGCUCAAAUAAUAGUAAUUGAAAUUUGAACCGAAAACAACACCCUUAAAUCUUACGGAGCGAAUUAUUCCACAUAGAAAGCUGUGUAAAUUAACAUACCGUUUUCUGUAUAAUUUGGUUCGCAAUCGGGUAAGCAACAGUCACAUUAAAACCUAUAUUAGAUGACAGACUCAACAUUAUCAGAAGUAAACCAUAAAAUAAUUCAAUUCAAGUCCACUUUUUGUAUACGAUUUUGUUGAACCGGCUGAAUAAAUUUGAGAAAUGCAUAGUAUUAAAAGAUAGAUAACAUAAAUGGAAGGCCCAUCAGCAAUGCAAGCAUGUAUAAACUUCAAUAUCUUUUUUUUAAUGAUCAUGCAGCUAUCUGAUGUUAUUAAAUUGAGCAGAAACCUAUUCCACUAACGGAAAAACAGUUCACUGAAAACUACGAUGCAGUAAUUUGAGUGCAAAAUUUAUUAUAUCACCAACUAUCAAAUUGAAGCUACAGCAUAUUUUGUUAAGUAUUUAUAUGUUAAAUGUGACAAAUGAAACGAUGUAAUUUAACAAAUGAUUAGUGCAUUUACGUGGGAGGCCCUUUGUUUUCAAAUGACAAAAUCAAAUAAAAUGACAUAGCACAUAUUUGAGCUAUUCAAAAAAAAAAUCAACGAGUUUCCAUUGAUUUUUUUUGUAAUUUGUCAAUAAAUAACAAAUUAUUUAGAAAACAUCCGCAUUAUUAAGCAAACUUCAGAUUGUAACACAUAUACAAAUUUCGAUAUGCGCACCAAUUUUCUUUCACCUUCCAUUCAUCCAUAUUUCAAUUGUAACGUAUCGAAAACAAACAAGUUUUUCUAUGUAGAUGAACACAAAAAAUAUCCAUAGCAAAAAGUGUAUUUGUUGGUUUUCAAAUCACCCAAUUCACCCAAUUCAAUUUAAAUAUAAUCGUUUGAAAAUACAAUUUAUUUACGGGCAUGUGCAAGCAACUACAAUACUACGUCAGUAGAAAAUUUUCAUUUUUAUUUGUAUUAUUUGUUCUUCGAUUAUGUGACAUUUCAUUUCCCUUUCCAUUUCCAUUUUGUUUGAAGUUUUAAAAUAUUGAGGACGUAUUGUGGAGAGGAAAAAACCGAAUGAAAUUCAAACAUCAGAACUGUUUUGAAUUGUGCGUAACUUUUAAGGCAAUUUUCUGAUUAAAAGAGUAUUUACGGCGCGCCAAUUUGAUCGAUUUCAUUUUCAACAGAACAAUAUAUUGGUCUGAAGUAUUUCGCACACGGUAACAUGGAGCAUAGUUUCGUUAUAUACGAUACUCUGCAAUGUGAUGAACAAAUUAAACAUCUUUGUAGGAAAUCGAAAUACGAAUAAAAUACAUGAUUAGAACAAGAGAUCUAAUGAAUGUCAUCAAUUCGUAAUCUGUGAUAAAAAAAAAAUCGAAAAUUCGACAAAAGUUUACGGCACUUAUACAGACUGGAAAAUUUUGGAUCUAUGUAAUUAACACCUAGGUUUUACACGUAAAUCGAUCAUUGCAUCAAACAAAAAACACACAAUAAUAUCGAUCUGCAUCGACUUAUUUGAAGAGUUGACUUCAAGAUUUUACCAGCAUCUACUUCUGUCACACAACAAAAUAAUUGAAAUCAUCGAUAUAAAAUGGACGUCAAUAACACUUCUCAAAAUUUUAUGUCAGAUAACAAUCAUUGUUUGUGGAUUUGGAUCUAAUCGAAAAAUGGAAUAAAAAUAAGAACAAGAUUUAUAAAACAUUGGGAAAACUAUGUCAAAAUCCUCUUGUAAAUAACUUGUAUGUGAAUAUUUCUCACUUGAAAUUGAACACUGAACAAAAUGAAAUGAAGAAAACACACAAAUAUACACAAACUAAAUAAUAAGACUAAAUUACACGUACACUUGAUUUACUUUUCUAAAUAAUAAUUACGACAGAUUAUUAUAUACAAAAUAUUAAACUCAUAUCGAGGUAGAUGAAUAAAAACAUAGAGUUAAAAAUGAAGUCUGUAUUAUUAAUGAUGAUAAUUAUACUAAUAAAAACAAUGAGAGACUAAUAAAAGCUCUGAACACAUAAAA